CACGGGAGACAACAACACGCGGCACCUCACGGGUGACUCACUUGACGUGGCCUCUGUACUGUGCUUAUUAUAUUAACUACUGUAAAUUAAACACUAUCCCUAAAGUGUUUAAAAUCACUCAUUAGUAAUACAGUACAGGGAACUAAUGUUAUUAUAUAAUUAAGCACAACACAAUUUGUUAAGCUAACACUGCUUUAGCUACCCCUAGUUUGUACUAAAACCAAGAAAUUCGUAAGUGACGCAGGUCAUCAUGGAAACUGGAGAAGAUAGCAGUUGUGUACUGAACCCAGAAACUUUAAGUGGUAAAGACGGGAGAACAGAUGAAGAUAGCACAGAGGAGACAUCAAGCAAAGCUGUUGCUGCUCAAGACCCAGAAUUUUACUCACACGCUGCAGCAUAUUGGGAAAAUAUACCUGCCACUGUUAAUGGUAUGCUGGGAGGGUUUGCCCAUAUUAAUGCACCUGAUAUAAGUGCCUCGGAUCUCUUCAUACGAAGUAUAUUUAAGAUGAAGAAUCCCCCUGGACAUGGACGAGCUGUUGACUGCGGUGCAGGUAUUGGCAGAAUAACUAAACAUUUACUGCAGAAACAUUUUGGAAAAGUUGACCUUGUUGAGCAGUGUCAAAAUUUUAUUGACCGAGCAAAGGAUAAUUUUAAGGGUUCCAAGAAAAUUGGCAAAUUUUUGUGUUUAGGCCUACAGAACUUUUCACCAGAACCCAACACUUAUGAUGUAAUUUGGUGUCAGUGGGUGUUAGGGCACUUGACUGAUGAAGACCUUGAAGACUUUUUCAGGAGAAUGGGUUAUGGGUUGAAACGCAAUGGCAUAAUUGUGGUGAAAGAAAAUGUCACUUCAUCAGGGACUGUGGAGCUCGAUGAGGUAGAUUCAUCCGUCACCCGGCCCGAGAAUCUCCUGUUGGAUAUUAUUGAACGAGCAGAACUCAGAGUCUUGAAAAAUAUUAGACAACCAAACUUACCAAAAGGUCUGUAUGAGGUGAAAAUCAUGUGUCUUAAGCCUAAGAAAGCAUAGGUUGAUAAUUCUUUGAAACCAACAAUGACAAAUAAGAAACUGUAUUAUACUGUACCAAUGAUAUUAUUCUUUGUAAUUAUGCUGAGUUAUGCUGAACUUUGUAAACCAAUCUGUCUUGGAUUAAUUAUUGGUAUGAAUAGUUUAACAUCACACUACUGUAUAAAACAAGACAUUUAAUGUAAAAAAAAACAUUAUACAAUUUAUAAUCUUAAGGGUUGUAUACUGUACAAGUAUUGUAUGUGAAGUGAUAUGUUGUUGCUCUUUGAAUAGAAAUCACAAUUAGCUUGAUUCAUUUUUUAAUUUUAAAUGCAUUCAUCUGUUAUUUAAAUUAUUAAGUGGGCUUUGUGAAUUUGUAAUAAAAAUAUAAUUCCA